GGCCAUCACUGGCCCCGUUUGUGCAGGAAAAAAAGGGGACGAUUUUUUUUUUUUUUUUUUUUACCGAAAUAACACUGUCCCGCCCGGGUGUGUGUGGCAGCAAACAGCGGCUCGGGCUGCAGCCUGUGUGCGUGUCGGAGGGAUUGGGAAUGCUGCACUAUGACAGAUAGUGCGUUACAUGCGUCUGGACAUAUCUGCAGUGUUUUCUAGCCAGUUUUAUUUGGAGCAUUCGGGGAGAAGUGUUGGGGAUUUUGCGCGUUGACAGCUGGACCGCCCUGCGCCUUCAUUGGAGGCAAUCAAGUAUCCGCUUCCCUUUAAGACAUUGUCCAGUUGCCAGUCAAUGUCCAGUAGCACAUGGCUGAGGCUGCCUUGUGGCUGAUCCUGACCAUGCUUUCAACUAACCGCUCCGGAGGUUGGUGGGGAUGAAAUGGAUGGAGCCCAUGGCCAGACCAGCGCACCAGCUCCCACCUCCAAGCAUGUCCGGCCGCAGCAAGUCUCCCCCCAACUCUGGAGAAGUUGCAGGCUCUAACUCCAUGGCAUGGGUGAAGAUGUUCAAAAAACCUGGAGGAGGUCUGAAAAAAUCCUACCAGCCUGGGAGCAUGCUGUCUCUCGCGCUCACCAAAGGCCUGCUGAAUGAGCCCGGGCAAAAUAGCUGCUUCCUAAACAGUGCUGUGCAGGUGCUCUGGCAGCUGGACAUCUUCAGGAGAAGUUUGAGGCAGCUCUCAGGUCACUUCUGUCUCGGUGAUGCCUGCAUUUUCUGUGCUUUAAAGAGUAUCUUCAGCCAGUUCCAGCAGAGCCGAGAGCGUGUGCUGCCCUCCGACAGCCUGCGUAACGCCCUAGCUGAAACUUUUAAGGAUGAGCAGCGCUUCCAACUUGGCCUGAUGGAUGAUGCUGCUGAGUGCUUCGAGAACAUCCUGGAGAGAAUUCAUCUACACAUCGUCUCAGACACUGCAACUGAUGCUUGUUCAUCCAAAUCCUGCAUCACCCACCAGAAGUUUGCAAUGAUGCUUUAUGAGCAGUUUGUGUGUCGCUGCUGUGGUGCGUCUUCAGACCCACACCCAUUCACAGAGUUCGUACAUUACGUGUCAACCACUGCUUUAUGCCAACAGGUUGAUCGCAUGUUGGGGAAGAACGAGCGGCUCAGGUCAGACAUGUUUGGAGAAUUGCUGCAGGCAGCAAACAACACAGGUGGUGACCUCCGAAGCUGCCCGAGCGACUGUGGUCAGAGUAUCAAGAUCCGCCGUGUGCUCAUGAACUGUCCAGAGAUCGUCACUAUUGGAUUCGUGUGGGAUGCCGAGCAGUCCGACCUCACGGACGAUGUCAUUCGGUCACUUGGCCCACGUUUGAACCUGUGUGGGCUUUUCAACCGCGUCACUGAUGAAAACGCCAAACGCAGCGAGCUUCAUCUGGUGGGAAUGAUCUGUUUUUCGAGUAAACAUUACUCAGCCUUCGCCUAUCACACCAAAUCUUCAAAAUGGAUGUUUUUCGAUGAUGCUACUGUAAAGGAGAUUGGAUCCAAGUGGAAAGAUGUUGCCUCUAAAUGUAUCAGGGGACAUUUCCAGCCGCUUCUUUUAUUUUACACCAACCCUGAGGGAUCUCCAGUGUCUAAUGAAGAUGCACCGAGACAAACCACCAUGUGUCCUCGGUACAAAGCCCAAAUAAAUGGUGACGUGACAGUGAAACAUCCCCUUGGCAGUCCAAACAAAUUCCAGGAACCUUUCAUGGAAAAUUUGCAGAGGCCGAGUGAAACAUCGAAGAAGGACAGAGGGCAUCGGAAAACGGACCCAUCACAACACAAAGAGAUGGCACAUGCAAGAUCUUCGUCUCCUCCAGAGAAUGGACCGAGGCCCUCUCUGGACCAAAAAUCAAAAAGCUAUCCACGCACUGAGAAGUCAUCAAACCAUUCAAGCAGAGGAUCUCAUGAGCCACGAGGACAGUCCUUCAGUACGCAGGGUGGUGGGCACAGUCGGAGGAACAACUCUUCCCCAAGUCGCUAUGAUCAGGACAGCAGCCAGGAGCAAUGGGAAAAAGGUGGCAGCGAAGGAAACCGCAAUAAAUCUAAGUCCACUUGGAGGCCCAUUCGAGAGGUGUUAAAUGUUGACACCGUGCUGAAUGAACUGGAGCAGCGCCGGCAACAGCAACACGACAGCCCCCGGCACAGUAAGCCUUCAUCCCAGGAAAGAGUGCACGCCGAACAAAGCCGAGAGCGCGAGCGGGAACACGUACGAGCCAGGGAGGACCGGAAGCAGAAGUGUCUAAUGACGAUUUAUGAGGACGAGCAGCGGCAUGAGACAGAGAGCCACAGCUCUGUGGAGUCAGAGAGCAGGGCCAACCAACAGAGGGGCAGCAGGCUGAAAGGUGGCCCCAAGACACUGCUGCGGAGUGAUACCUGGACCAUCCAAAGGACAGAGUCUGGCUACGAGAGCAGCGAUAGACUCAGCAGCGGCUCCACCAAUCCCGACUCACCUGGUGUUGAUGGCUUUAUUGUUAAAGACCAGAGGUCAACACCAGAGGCACAGCUGCAAAGUCUGCUGCACCAAAAAGGAGGUGAUGCCAAAUCAAGUAUAACGUCCUCACCUUCACACAAUGGUAAACAUCAACCCAAACCUCAGGGAAAGAACCAUGACCAAGUUUUACAUUCACAUCUAAAGUGCAGUCCAAGUUCGAGACGGAAAUCAAAGUACACUUCCAGUUCUUCCAGAAAAGCAGUGUCCUCAGAGAGAGACUCCACUGGCUCAGAUAACCGGCAGAGCGAACAGCAGGAGCUGACGAACUGUAGAGGGCACACUGGAGAAAGUACAGUCCUGAGGCACAUUACAAAAACCAGCAGCUCAGAAUGGAACAGCUCCGAUGAUCUCGCUCUCUCUGAGCCCGAGGACAGAGAAAACACUUACCGCAACAGCGAGGCCGUCGCCUCCGAAUCCCAGUGUCCUCACAUGACCCUGCCAUACCACACUCCCAGCAAUGUGACUGCAGAACCUCUCCAACUCCAACUGAACAAUCAGCGUCAGCUCGGCACGUCAGGGUCACCGCACCUUCGACCGACGCAGCGGACCUCUCCUCACCAGGGCGAAACAAGCCACGCUGUGUUUCGUCCGAGGAUGCUCCAAGAACCAUUUCCCUCAAGUCCUCGUCUUUCAUCCACAUCCUACGCUAGUCCUCACAGGAGGCCUGACAUGUCAGGCCUCAGAACCUUCUCAGAUGCAAGCUCCAAGUCAGGCUCAGACCCGGAGCGGAGCACCCCAUCAUCAUGUGAAAGUGAGGAAAGACUGACUGGAUGCAGAGUGGAACAGGCAGCGCCGGCUCAAGAGGUUUCUCUGACAACGUACUUCACUGUGGAUAACUGUAUGACGGAAACAUACCGUCUCAAGUACCACAACCAGAGGCCUCUUGUCCUCUCUGCCACGGUGCCGCGGACAGUGGUUGUGACUGAGCGCAGAGAUACCAGCCACACACUCCCCACUGACACAUACUCACAAGAUGUGCCAAAAGCCAGACCUGAAACAAGCCAUAAUAGCAAUAAACCCACUGCAAAAUGGAACCCAGUGACAGCCAAAGGACUGGAUGAACGUGGUUUUUUAUGAGUGUUACUUGGUAAGGUUUGUUUACAUGGAUGGGAAGAGGUCAGUAGAGUUCUAACUGGAUGCCAAAGAGUUUACAGAAUGGAAAUAUGUCCCGAAUGGCAACAUCUCCAUAACGAGUGGAAUUUAUUUAUGCAAGCUUGUCACAUAAGUAAGACCUAUUUCUAAAUGCUGUUGCGUAUCGUCUGA